AUGAAGGAGCAGAUGCUGGACAUAGAACACUUGUUCAGCAUCGAGAGUUUGGGCAUCAGAGAGGUCAACGAGAGCGUCUCAUCUCAGGAACGCCAGCUGGUGGAGAAGUUCACAGAAGAAGUUGAAUUCAAGGAUGGCAAAUACUACAUCAAAGUACCAUUCUACGACAACGUCAAGGACGUUCCAGGAAACUACGAAGUCGCACUGGCAACGAUGAAGAAAACUGAUGAAGGCAUCAAGACCUACCGCUUCAGAACCAUCCUGUUUGGACUCAACUGUUCUCCAUUCAUCCUGAAUCACAUCAUCCAACUCCACCUGGAAAGGUACUCAAGCUCAGUGGCUGCAACCGCACUGAAGGAGUCGCUGUAUGUCGACAACUUUAUCUUCUCAACAUCAGAUCCACAGACACUCUUCAACAUCUACAACAACAGCCGACAGAUCAUGAUGGAAGGAGGCUUCAACCUUCGCAGCUGGAUGUCAAACCACCCACAGCUGGUUGACAUCAUGGCAUCUGAAGACACCAUCCAUCAGCAUGACGCUCCCGUCGAGAAGGUACUGGGAUACUUCUACGACUCCAAGCAAGAUGUAGUGUCACUGGCCGACUUCAGCUUCGAAGAGCGACCUCAGGGAAUCACGAAGAGGCAGCUGCUGAGUAAUAUCAGCAAGGUCUUCGAUCCUCUAUCUCUGGCCCUACCUGUGACUAUCCGAGGACGGCUUCUCAUGAAGCAGGUCUGGAAGGACGGCACGGCGUGGGACGAAGAAGUUACGCCGGAGGUAUACAGAGACUGGAAGCUGCUGAAGAAUGAUCUCAAUUAUCUGCGUGAAAUCAAGUUUCCCAGGAAGACUGGUGACACGGAGAUCGGACAGCCGACCGAGCUUCACCUCUUCUGCGACGGAAGCAAGACGUGCUACGGGUUCGCCUGUUACGUGAAGCAGGAGAACUCCGAACCACAGCUAGUCUUCGCGAAAAGCAAACUCGCACCCGACGACAAGAGCAUCCCGCAGCUGGAACUGCUUGCAGUUUUCCUUGCACUGAAGUGUCUUCCGCUCAUACUCGACUCAAUCAAGAUGACUGUCGAUCACUUGCGACUCUGGAGUGACGCCCAGGUUGUCCUCGAGUGGUUGACCUCAGGCUGCAAGUCCAAGAGCAGGUUCACCUCCAAUCGCCUGGAAGACAUAACAUCGAUGAAGCUGAAGCUGCAAGAACAAUACAACUGUGACAUCUCGCAUCACUACGUGGCUACAACCUCCAACGUGGCCGACAUGCUGACCCGCGGAUUGACAGCGAAAGAGUUUGUCAAGAAAACAUCACUCUGGCUACACGGACCAGACUGGCUUGGUGGAACGUCAGGACAGUGGCCAACAGGCCCACUCUACUGCCUGUCAGACGAAGCAAGGAGAGCGGUUGAUCUGCAGAGUCAACAAGUCACGAUUGAACCAUCUGAGCAACAAUCAACUCAGCCAAUCAUCAACGUCAACGACUUCUCAUCACUGAAGAGGUUGUACGGUGUGACAGCGAUGGUAUUCCAGUUCAUCAACAAGCUGAAGCACAGGCAAGCAGAUGCGAGGGAGCAGGCGAAGGUGUACUGGCUGAAGACGAUGCAGGAAGAGUCCUUCGUCACUGAGAUCAGCUACCUGCAGGCUCGUGAGAAGGGCAAGACAACGAAGUCAACGAUAGUGCCCAAGUUGCUGACCAGCUUGAACGGCUUCUUGGAUGAAACAGGAACCCUACGAUGUAGAGGAAGACUAUCAAAACUCAACAAAUACUCCUACGCCGUCCAUAACCCAGUUCUUCUCUCCAAGGAUCAUCGGCUGACUGUACUGAUGAUUAACGACCAGCAUCGACGCUGCAAGCACCUCGGUGUCGGCACGACGCUGACAGAGUUGCGGGAGAGUGGACACUGGAUACCAGGCGGACGUCAGGCUGUGAAACGAAUCAUCAAGGACUGCAUCACCUGCAGAAAGCUCAACGCCCUUGCGUUCGACUACCCCAAGAUGACGAGCCUGCCGAAGGAGCGUCUCUCUUUCAUCAAACCAUUCAACAACACCGCGAUCGACUACACCGGACAUAUCUUUGUGCAAGACGAAGGCGGAGACAUGAAAAAGAUGUAUGUAGUAUUAUACACGUGCCUCGCUAUCCGCUGCAUUCACCUGGAUCUGGUUCCGGAUCUGAGCCUGAAGUCGUUCCUACAGUCCUUCAGGCGUUUCUGUAGCACGUACUGUGUUCCAGAAUUCCUGUACACUGACAACGCGAAGCAGUUUCUCGCCAGCCAGAGAGUCCUCAACAACAUUUUCAUCUCUGAUGAGUUUCAAGAACAUCUCACCCAGCACAACAUCAAACAUCGCACCAUCCCAGUGUAUGCCAGCUGGGUUGGAGGCGUGUAUGAACGACAAAUCAAGACGGUGAAACACUGUUUGUACAAGUCAGUGGGCAGGGCGAAGCUAGACUACUUUGAGCUUCUCACUCAACUGAUGGAGAUCCAGAACAUGGUGAACUGCCGGCCCAUCACGUACGUCCACAGCGGGAUCGACGACAUCGAACCCCUGACACCCAACAAGAUUCUCAAACUUCACACCAACCCUAGGCUUCAUCUGGCGGAGUACCCUGAAGAUGCUGAUCCACUCUGGACUUCCACGCCAGAUGACACACAUCAACAGCUCAAUAACACUCUUCAAGAACAACAACGACUUCAAGACCAGUACAAGAAGAUGUGGCACAGCGAGUACCUGCUGGGACUCCGUGAAACCACCCGUGACAUCUUCCAAACUGACUGGAAAGACAAGAUCUCGUUUUCUCCGGGCGUCGGACAGUAG